CAUUCAAUGAAGAUAUCAUAAAAAGCAGUUGAGAAAAAGAAAUAUAGCUUAAAACGUCUCCUGGCUUCAAGUGGAAUUGAGCCAUAAAUUUGGUCUUGACCAAGUACUUAUAUAGUUCAGUAAAAAAAAAAAUAAAGUGGAUAAAAACGUGAAUGAAGUCUAUUAAAUAUUUCGGAUUAACGAAGGCGAUUAACAAGCGGCUGACAAAAACAAUCACAAAGGUUUAUUCAUCACAAACAUUUAAAACUUGCCGUUUAAUGCUGUAUUUCUUGAAAAUCCAUUGACGAUGACGUCUGAAAAGCAAGAUAUUGAAAAGAAAGAAAUUCAGAAUAAUUUUGACGUAUCAAAAUGGGGUUACCGUCACCAGCAAGCAUGUAUUUUAUUCUGCACGCUGACCAUAGCGUACAGCAUGCGAUCCUGCAUGGGAGUAUCCUUGGUGGCCAUGACAAAGUAUGCUGAGCCAGAUGACAACACUACCUCCAUCAUAGAUGAUGCUAAGCAGUUCCAACCUCAAGGAGUACUGAAUGCUUUGAUGCUGACUCCUCCAUAUCCUACUUUUAACUGGGACAAGAAAACGCAAGAGGCUGUGAUAGCCUCAUUCUUCUGGGGCUACAUGUCACUGCAGAUCCCGGCUGGACAGUUAGCUCAUAGGUUUGGUGCUCGGUAUUUACUUACUGGUGCCAUGUUCGUCAAUAGUAUAGUUUCUAUAAUGAUGCCGCUGGCAGCUUAUUACGGAGGUUGGAUAUGCACAGCAAUAUGUAGAGUACUACAAGGCCUUACUCAGGCUUGCAUUGUCCCAGGCCUGCACACGUGUCUCGGAAAAUGGGCUCCUCUGCAAGAAAGAGGAAGAAUUGCCGCUUUUGUGUAUGGAGGCCAGGCUCUUGGCACCGUUUUCGGGUUACCGAUGACAGGCUUUAUAUCCUCGUCUCGGUUAGGCUGGCCUGGGAUAUUCAGGUUUUAUGGAAUCUUAUCUGGGAUUAUUGGACUUUUACUGUGGUGGCUAGCUGCUGACACUCCCGGAAAGCAUACUAAAAUAUCUCCCGAGGAAAGGAAGUAUAUUGAAGAUGAAUUAGGAUCAGGCGAGGACGCAAAGAAAGUGGCUGUGCCUUGGGGAAGUAUAUUCCGACACAAGGGAAUGUAUGCUAUCAUUCUUGCACACAUCGGACAAACUUGGGGGCAGGUUACUUUGUACUCAGAAGUUCCGGCUUAUUUAGAUAAAAUUAUGGGAGUAGAUAUAAAAGCGAAUGGUCUGCUGACUGCUCUUCCGUUCUUGGUGAUGUGGAUCACUAACUUCUUCUUCAGUUACGUAUUUGACAUGCUGAUUGUGAAGAAUAUUUUAAGUGUGACAAAUACGAGGAAACUCGCCAACUCUUGCGGUCAUAUGCCGGCAGCUAUAGGGCUGAUUGCAUUAGCAUAUGCACCGAAAAAUAUUUACGUCGUUGAAUCGAUUCUGGUGUUUACUUGCGCAUUCAAGAUAUCAUCUAACUUAGGAUUCCACGUGAACCAUAUUGAUAUUUCACCAAACUAUGCCGGAACAAUGAUGAGUAUCAGUAAUUUUAUGUCCAACAUCGGAGCUUCACUAGCGCCUCUAAUUAUAGGAGUCAUAUUGACUGAUGUAAAUGACGCCUACCUUUGGAGACAAGUAUUCUUAAUGACAGCUGGACUUUAUUUCCUGACCAACCUGGUCUAUGUGAUAUUAGGAACCGGUGAGAAAGCAGCAUGGAACGAUCCACCGCAAGAGACAGAGGACUGUGAGGAGGGACAAGCUAUGCUUGAGAAACCUAAAUUAAACUUGCCGUUUAAUGCUGUAUUUUUUGAAAAACCAUUGACGAUGUCUGAAAAGCAAGAUAUGGAAAAGAAAGAAAUUGAAAACAAUUUUGACGUCUCAAAAUGGGGUUACCGACAUCAGCAAGCUUUCAUUUUAUUCUGCACGCUGACUAUAGCGUACAGCAUGAGGGCCUGCAUGGGAGUAUCAUUAGUGGCCAUGACAAAGUAUGCUGAGCCAGAUGACAACACUACCUCCAUCAUAGAUGACGCUAAGCAGUUCCAACCUCAAGGAGUACUGAAUGCUUUGAUGCUGACUCCUCCAUACCCGACAUUUAAUUGGGAUAAGAAAACGCAAGAUGCAGUGAUAGCCUCAUUCUUCUGGGGCUACAUGACACUACAGAUCCCAGCUGGACAGUUAGCGCAUAGGUUUGGAGCCCGCUUCUUGCUUACUGGUGCCAUGUUUAUCAACUGCGUGGUUUCUAUUAUGCUACCGUUGGCAGCUUAUUACGGAGGUUGGAUAUGCACAGCAGUGUGCAGAGUAUUGCAAGGCCUUACUCAGGCUUGCAUUGUCCCAGGCUUGCACACGUGCCUCGGAAAAUGGGCUCCUCUUCGAGAAAGAGGAAGAAUUGCCGCUUUUGUGUAUGGAGGCCAGGCUCUUGGCACCGUUUUCGGGUUGCCGAUGACAGGCUUUAUAUCUUCGUCUCGAUUGGGCUGGCCCGGGAUAUUCAGGUUUUAUGGAAUCUUAUCUGGAAUUAUUGGAUUUUUGCUGUGGUGGCUAGCUGCUGACACUCCCGGAAAACAUACAAAAAUAUCUGCAGAAGAAAGGAAGUAUAUUGAAGAUGAAUUAGGAUCAGGAGAGGAGGCAAAGAAAAUGGCUGUGCCUUGGGGAAGCAUAUUCCGCCACAAAGGGAUGUACGCUAUUAUAGUGGCUCACUUCGGUCAAACUUGGGGCCAGCUGACUUUGUACUCAGAAGUUCCGGCCUAUUUAGAUAAAAUUCUGGGAGUCAAUAUAAAAGCGAAUGGUCUGCUGACUGCUCUCCCGUUCUUGGUGAUGUGGCUGACGAACUUCUUCUUCAGUUACGUAUUUGACAUGCUGAUUGUGAAGAAUAUUUUAAGUGUUACAAAUACAAGGAAGCUCGCCAAUUCUUGCGGUAACAUCCCAGCAGCUAUAGGGUUGAUUGCAUUAGCAUAUGCACCGAAAAAUAUUUACGUCGUUGAAUCGAUUCUGGUGUUCACCUGCGCUUUUAAGAUAUCAUCUCACUUGGGUUUCCAUGUGAACCACAUUGAUAUUUCACCAAACUACGCCGGAACAAUGAUGAGUAUCAGCAAUUUUAUAUCGAACAUCGGAGCUUCAACCGCACCUUUAAUAAUUGGAUUUAUUCUUACUGAUGUGAACGAUGCCUACCUUUGGAGACAGGUUUUCUUGAUGGCAGCUGGAUUUUAUUUCCUGACCAACCUGGUCUAUGUGAUAUUAGGAACCGGUGAGAAAGCUGCUUGGAACGAUCCACCGCAAGAGACAGAGGACUGUGAGGAGGGAAAAGCUAUGCUUGAGAAGCCUAAAUUGUAGAAGUAUUUUUAAUUUAUAGUAAAACAAUAAGUACAAA